GGCCAGGGUUAUAAAUAUAGCUAAGGGCUCCGUACAUUGGCCUCGUACCCACCUUCCUCUGGCGCCGGCCAAAUACUGAGAUCCGAUCGCGGAGACGUGCUCCCAUCCAGCCAAGUUCUUCCGUCCAGCUAGGAUGGGUCGCGACAGGCCGAACAAGUCAGACCAUGGCAAAGGUGAUGCCAAGACGUCGAAGCACUACGGCAGCAGCGAUGCCGGAGGUUCAUCCAGUAGCCGCCGUCACAAGGAUCGCUCAGCUCCUAUGGCGCCUUCUAGGUCGGGAAGCAGGUCCGACACGGUGGAGUACACCUGUUUGUCGCCGCCCUUGCCGCCGCCGGGCAGCACGGCGCCGCGGAGUUCACGCCACCGACCCAACCACACUUCCAAAACCUCCGAAGGAACCGUCAUUGCUAUUGACUCCGACGCUCCGUUGGAUAUCCCUGAGGACCAGCUAGAGGAUGUAUUGCCGCACGUCGUCGUGAGCGACGGCGCUCAGCGCCUCUUGGCCAAGGCGAUGGAGAUGACUGAGCAGCCUGUGGCCUAGGCCACGUCUCCAGUGAAGGAUGCUCCCGCGGUGACACUUGCACCGCCGUCGGUGCAUGAUCCGGUGGUGAAGUCAGGGCCACCGAUGACAGGUAGCCCGGCGGAGAAGUCUUUGUCUCCGGCACCAUCAACCGGUGCAACAGAAGUGGGCAACAAGCGAUCACCUGGCGAUGUAGAUGUUGGGGUAGUCUCCAAGA